AAUGACAGUCCCUGUGAAAGUUUUUUCCCCUUUCUUUUAUUAUUUCCAAGAUCUUUCAAAGUCUAUGCAGACAGAGGGCAUCACUUCUGAUGGUAGAUUCAGAGUAGUGUAGAUCGGAAGAUCCGUAAGAAGGGAAAGAGCGUGGAAGAGAAAGAGAGGGUGCCCUAUGAACUAGCCCUCGGAGGAAACUUGGCUACGAACUUAUGGCUGUAUGAAAAACUAACGUGCUUUUUAAACUCUGGGAUCUUCUCUACGAGUUUUCUUCUGAUCUAAUAUCCAACGUUGUGUUAUUUCUUUCAAUCCACAUUUGUUGUGGAUGUCAAUGGUGAUCAUGGAUACUCAUAUAAGAUGGAAAAUAAAACGGAGGAUAAGGAACAUGCACCUUGCCUUAGUAAUAAUUCUUUUUUUUGUAAGUUCACGAGCGAGUUCAGAACCUGCAGAUCUACUUAAGAUAUUAGACUUUCACAGUUUACCCGAAGGCGUAACAAAAGUAACAGGUUUUUGUGCACAAAGAAAGUCGUCGUCAGGACCUGAUGUAGCUUACAGAGUAGCCAAAGAUGCUCAACUCAGCGCUCCUACCAAACAGCUCUAUCCUGCCUCGGCGUUUCCUGAAGAUUUCUCUAUCCUGGCCACGGUAAAGCCGAAGAAGGGCAGCCAGGCCUUUCUGAUGUCCAUCUACAAUGAGCAGGGCAUUCAGCAGCUGGGCAUGGAGGUGGGGCGCUCACCUGUCUUCCUGUACGAGGAUCACACAGGCAAGCCAAGUCCUGAAGACUACCCGCUUUUUAGUGGCCUCAACUUAGCGGAUGGGAAAUGGCAUCGCGUGGCUGUUAGUGUACACAAGCAGACCGUCUCCAUGAUACUGGACUGUAAAAAGAAGAUAACGAGGCAGCUGAAAAGGAGCGCACAUCCCAUCAUCGACACUAAAGGAAUUGUUGUUUUCGGAACACGGAUACUUGAUGAGGAUGUCUUUGAGGGAGAUAUCCAACAGUUGAUGAUUGUAGCAGACCACCGAGCCGCCUUUGACUACUGCGAGCAUUACAGUCCUGACUGCGACAUGGCUGUUCCAGAUACGCCCCAGAACCAAGAUCCCAACCCCAAUGAGAAGAACCCCGAGAACAACUAUUACUACGAGUAUCCUUAUGAGUACUACGAAAAGGAAUCUGAGGAGGUGUCCUCCCUCAAUCCAGACGUAACAGGGACUGUAACGGAGGACAGCGAGGUAGAAUUUACAGCUCCAGAUGGCGGCCAGGAGCUUCCAUCGACUGUAAGGGAGGUACCAGGGGAGGCAACAGGAACUGAGGAGCACACCACAGAUAUCGGAGACUAUGGCACCGAGGAUUCUUACGUCUACUACGACGAACAUAUGUCGACUCCCAAGCCAUCUAGGAGGAUCACGAUUAGCGGCAGUGUGGACCACGGGAUGUCUACUGAUACUGAAGUGGAUCUGGGACUCGGGAGCAGGAUUGACUUGGGCUUUGGAGGAGAGCUAGAGAAGAAGGUCAUCACAGGAGAUGGGCACACGACAGUCACCAUCACACAGAACAGCACCCAUCAGGUUGACAAUUAUGACUACUACAAGUACGACUACGAGGAGUACAAUCCUGAAGGUGGCAUUUCAACCAGCAGCAGUGGUGGUUCGGUCAGCACUGGAGGCAGUUCUGUCAGCAUCGGAGGUGGUUCUGCUGAAGGUGGUUCUGUCAGUAUCGGAGGUGGUUCUGCUGGUGGUUCUGUCAGCAUCGGAGGUGGUUCCGCUGGUGGUUCUGUCAGAGUCGGAGGUGGCUCCGCUGGUGGUUCUGUCAGCAUCGGAGGUGGUUCUGCUGGGGGUAGUUCUGUCAGCAUUGGAGGUGGUUCCACCAGUGGUUCUGCCAGUGUUGGAGGCGGCUCGUCAAGCGCCGGUGGCAGUUCCAGGAGAGCAGGGAGCGCUGCCAGUGGCCAGGGGGGCACCGGGCAUGAAAAUUACGAAGAUUUCACGGAAGAAGCCAUAACAACUGAGGAUUUAAACACGUCCUACGAUGACGUUGAUGAUUAUACCUAUGAGCUACCUGCAGUCACUGAUGAGCAACAUGGCCAGGUUGAUGGAAUGAGAGGAGAAAAGGGUCAGAAGGGAGAGCCAGCCAUCAUUGAGCCGGGUAUGCUUGUAGAGGGGCCCCCCGGUCCCGAAGGGCCCAUAGGACUGCCAGGCUCCCCAGGAUCAUCUGGCCCCCCAGGCAGCCCCGGAGAUCCCGGGGAGAGGGGUCCUUCUGGCAGACCAGGCUUGCCAGGUGCUGACGGUCUCCCAGGCCCCCCAGGGACCGUCUUGAUGCUGCCUUUCCGGUUCAGUGCUGGAGGAGAUUCUGGCCAGAAGGGACCUGCUGUGUCGGCACAGGAAGCCCAGAUGCAGGCUAUGAUGCAGCAGGCCAGGCUGGCGAUGAGAGGUCCCACUGGUCCCAUGGGUCUGACUGGAAGGCCUGGUCCUUUGGGCCCUCCAGGCGUAAAUGGACUGAAAGGAGAGUCUGGAGACUCUGGCCCCCAGGGACCACGUGGCACUCCGGGGACCUCUGGCCCACCCGGCAAGUCCGGCAGAAGGGGUCGCGCUGGAGCAGAUGGGGCAAGGGGGAUGCCAGGACAGACCGGGGGAAAGGGUGAGAGAGGGUUUGAUGGAUUGGCCGGCUUGCCUGGUGAAAAGGGCCACAGAGGCGAGUCAGGUCCACAAGGCCCCCCCGGACCUUCAGGAGAGGAUGGUGAAAGGGGUGAUGACGGUGAGAUUGGACCAAGAGGGCUGCCAGGUGAUCCUGGGCCUCGUGGGUUACUGGGACCAAAAGGACCCCAAGGACCUUCUGGAUCUCCAGGUGUAUCUGGAAUGGAUGGUCAUCCGGGACCCAAAGGAGGCAUAGGUCCACAAGGAGAACCCGGACCCCCGGGACAGCAAGGAAACCCAGGGGCUCAGGGUCUUCCGGGUCCCCAGGGACCCAUCGGUCCUCACGGAGAGAAGGGUCCAACAGGGAAGCCGGGCCUUCCGGGGAUGCCCGGUGCGGACGGGCCAGCGGGUCACCCUGGAAAAGAAGGACCUAAUGGUGAAAAAGGACACUUGGGUCCUGCUGGUUCUCAAGGUCCAAUUGGGUAUCCUGGAUCAAGAGGAGUAAAGGGAGCUGAGGGAGUCCGAGGCUUGAAAGGAACCAAAGGUGAAAAGGGUGAAGAUGGAUUUCCCGGACCUAAGGGGGAUAUGGGGAUCAAGGGUGACCGAGGAGAGCUAGGUGCUGCUGGGCCCAGAGGUGAGGAUGGUCCAGAGGGCCCCAAAGGUCGGGGUGGUCUUCCUGGGGACGCCGGUCCAAAUGGUCCAACUGGAGAAAAGGGAAAGCUGGGUGUUCCCGGGUUGCCUGGCUACCCAGGACGGCAGGGCCCGAAGGGUUCUCAGGGGUUCCAAGGAUUUCCAGGGGCAAAUGGCGAGAAAGGAACAAGGGGAACAGCAGGAAAACCAGGCCCCCGUGGACAGAGAGGACCAACAGGCCCUCGAGGAGAAAGGGGUGCAAGGGGUCCAACAGGAAAGGCAGGGCCAAAGGGUGCUUCAGGCAGUGAUGGACCCCCAGGUCCAGCUGGUGAAAGGGGCCUUCCAGGACCUCAGGGUCCAACUGGAUUCCCUGGACCAAAGGGCCCACCUGGUCCAGCCGGGAAAGAUGGAUUGCCAGGGCAUCCUGGGCAGAGGGGUGAAACGGGCUUCCAAGGCAAGACGGGACCUCCUGGUCCUCCUGGUGUGGUGGGCCCUCAGGGUCCUACAGGAGAGACUGGGCCAAUGGGAGAACGUGGCCAUCCGGGGCCUCCGGGUCCGCCUGGAGAACAGGGCCUACCUGGAGCCGCCGGCAAAGAGGGGGCCAAGGGUGACCCCGGCCCGGCAGGCCCUGCUGGUAAAGAUGGUCCACCGGGCCUGCGAGGAUUUCCAGGAGAGCGAGGCCAUCCUGGUCCUGUCGGAGCUCCUGGUUUGAAGGGCACUGAAGGCCCCCAUGGCCCGCCUGGACCUGCUGGUUCCCCAGGUGAACGAGGUCCUGCUGGCUCCGCUGGACCGACUGGCCUCCCGGGACGUCCAGGACCACAAGGCCCCCCAGGUCCGGCUGGAGAGAAAGGUGGACCUGGAGAGAAAGGACCUCAAGGUCCAGCUGGGAGAGAUGGUAUCCAGGGUCCCGUGGGCCUGCCAGGCCCCGCUGGUCCUGUUGGGCCUCCUGGAGAAGAUGGGGACAAGGGGGAAAUUGGUGAGCCUGGACAGAAAGGAGGUAAAGGCGACAAAGGAGAAUAUGGUCCUCCUGGCCCCAUUGGACCUCAAGGCCCCAUAGGACAACCCGGACCUCCUGGAGCUGACGGCGAGCCUGGGCCGCGAGGACAGCAGGGACUCUUUGGCCAGAAGGGAGAUGAGGGACCCAGAGGAUUCCCGGGGCCUCCAGGGCCGGUCGGCCUGCAGGGCCUACCUGGGCCCCCAGGUGAAAAGGGUGAAACUGGAGAUGUUGGUCAAUUGGGUCCACCAGGACCACCGGGCCCGAGAGGCCCUUCAGGACCCCCAGGAGCAGACGGCUCCCAGGGCCCCCCCGGUGGCAUCGGCAACCCGGGACCUGUAGGAGAAAAAGGGGAGGCUGGUGAAGCAGGAGAGCCUGGACUUCCAGGGGAUAAUGGGCCACCAGGCCCUAGAGGUGAGCGAGGAGAGAAGGGUGAAGCUGGCCCUGCUGGUUCUCCUGGACCUUCAGGUCCUAAAGGUCCUCCUGGAGAUGAUGGUCCCAAAGGUAGCCCUGGUCCAACUGGUUUCCCUGGAGAUCCUGGUCCCCCUGGAGAACCUGGUAUUCCUGGACAAGAUGGCCCCGCUGGAGAUAAAGGAGACGACGGGGAGGCUGGUCAGCCAGGCUCUCCUGGGCCUACCGGCGAAUCUGGACCUACUGGUCCGCCUGGGAAAAGAGGUCCCCCCGGGGCUAUUGGACCUGAGGGAAGACAAGGCGAAAAAGGAGCCAAGGGUGAGUCUGGUCUGGAAGGCCCACAAGGCAAGACAGGCCCAGUAGGUCCACAAGGAGCUCCUGGCAAACCGGGAUCUGAAGGUCUUCGGGGAAAUCCUGGCCCAGUUGGAGAGCAAGGUCUUCCAGGCUCAACUGGACCAGCGGGACCACCUGGACCCAUGGGACCCCCUGGAUUACCUGGUUUGAAAGGUGACUCUGGUGUUAAAGGUGAAAAGGGUCAUCCUGGUCUGAUUGGCCUGAUCGGGCCCCCAGGAGAGCAGGGAGAGAAAGGCGAUCGGGGCCUUCCUGGUCCUCAGGGAACAGCGGGUCUGAAAGGCGACACUGGUAUCGCUGGUCCCUCUGGGCCUCUUGGCCCCAUUGGACCGCCAGGAUUACCGGGGCCCGCAGGUCCAAAAGGUGCCAAGGGUUCGACUGGUCAAACUGGUCCUAAAGGUGAAAGUGGUACUCCUGGACCACCAGGCCCUCCAGGCCCUCCCGGAGAUGUCAUCCACCCCCUGCCCAUCCAGUCCAGCCCCAAGAGAAGCAGGAGGAAUAUUGAUGGCAGCCAGCUGAUGGACGACCCCAAAGCUGACGGAUACAAAGACUAUGAUGACGGCAUGGAGGAGAUCUUCGGCUCUCUCAACUCACUCAAGCUGGAGAUUGAGCAGAUGAAGCACCCACUGGGCACGCAGAAUAAUCCCGCCCGGACCUGUAAAGACCUGCAGUUGUGCCAUCCUGAUUUCCCUGAUGGGGAAUACUGGAUUGACCCGAAUCAGGGCUGCGCUCGUGAUGCUUUCAAGGUUUAUUGCAAUUUCACAGCUGGUGGAGAAAGCUGCAUCUAUCCAGACAAGAAGUCUGAAGGAGCUAGACUCACUUCCUGGGCAAAGGAGGUUCCCGGGUCCUGGUUCAGUGAAUUCAAACGUGGUAAACUGCUAUCCUACGCCGAUGCGGAGGGCAACCCCAUCGGGGUCGUCCAGAUGACCUUCCUGCGGCUGCUGAGUGCCGCUGCUCGGCAGAACCUCACCUACAACUGCUACCAGUCGGUGGCCUGGCACGACUCGGAGCUCCACAGCUACGAUAAGGCCAUCCGCUUCCUGGGCUCGAACGACGAGGAGAUGUCGCAUGACAACAACCCCUACAUCCGUGCCGUGGUGGACGGCUGCACAUUGAAAAAGGGUUAUGAAAAGACUGUACUUGAGAUCAACACGCCAAAGGUGGAACAGGUGCCAUUUGUUGACAUCAUGUUCAGUGAUUUUGGUGGAGCCUCACAGAAGUUUGGAUUUGAAGUGGGUCCUGUCUGCUUCAUCGGAUGAGACACUGUUCCAGGAAAUUCUAUAUAUAUAAUUAAAACAAAUUGACUAAACUAAAGUGAACAGCACGACAUCUCACAUCUGUAAAACAUUGUCUCCAAAAAAAAAAAACAUCAAGACAAGGAAAUAAAUAUUCAAUAAAAGAAUAAAAACAGCAACCUUGCAACCUCAGUCUGCCUUCUCCAUCACACACAGGUUUUGAAACUGAAGGAGUCAGUUGUUCGCUAACCACUUGAUUCCCUGUGCCCUGCCUUCCUUUCUGUGCCUGUGUCUCUGCCUGUGUCUCGGCAAACUCUGUGGUACCGCUCAGGUUGCUCUGAAGCAUUAAGAAAACUCUGGUGUGACUGGGACUCUCACUAAUCUCUAUCUUAACAUUCCGGUUUUCCUUCUGAUUUCAGUUUCCAUGCUUCAUUUUGUCCAUAUGGCUGCCUGUUCUUUGCAAUGGUGCUUACAUAUAAAAUAUUAUAUAGAAAUAUAAUAAAUUUUGUUUGGUAUGUUUGUAAGUACGUUUUGUAUAUUUUUUUCCUGGAAAUGUAUAUUGAUUCUAGCUUCAAAACAUGCAUGUGGGUACCUUUUACUAAGCGUGAGAUAACGACAAAACAGAAAAUGAAAGGGACGGCUUUUGAUGUAUAAAAAGCAGGGUGCCUAGCAAAACUUUAUCUGAAAAACGCCAAAGCUCACAAAGUACACAAUGCUGUAGUCUGAGCAUUGAUUUCCUAUUUAAAUGAAAAGAAGUUUGGGUUUGUUUUCCUCUGUGAUUUUUUUUUUUAAUUUCAAUUGGUUGUAGAAUUCAGUUAAAACUUCCCCUUUUCCAGCACAUCCAUAUUUAUCCUCUGAAAAUAUUCAUAAGGCGAGAUUGCAUCAAAAUGGCAUUAAAAAGGGAUACCGGUGCUAUUUUAAUGUUUGUUUAAAGGUGCUCAGUAUUUACACUUUAAUUCUGAAGUAAAACACUGCUGAUCAGUCUCCUAAAAAGCUUUCAGAUCUUAUCCCCGUAAUAAUGGCAUUUCUUGCAUUUAUAAAAUCUUUGAUUAUUGUAUCAUGCAUAAUAACAGUGUUCUUUCAUCCAUCCAUCCAUCCAUUCAUCCAUCCAUCUUCUGACCGCUUAUCCUGAGCAAGGUCACAGGGGGACAUGAAGCCCAUCAUAGGCAGCACAGGGCACAGAACAGGGGUACUGUACAUCCUGGAUGGGAUGCCAGUAGAAAAAUGUAUGUACUUUUUAAUGAACCCUUUAAUGAAAAGGCGUCUGAAAUUGCAAUAUUGGACCAUGGGGGGAAAAAAGCAGAUCAGAAAAGUGUCCUGAAUAUGGUGCUAAUUUAUGUUACAGUUGGGGGCAAAUGAGAUAUGUUUUCUGUAUCGUGAUUUUGUAUGUUAUGAGUUUUUUUGUAUAUGGAUCUCAGUGAGAACUGUGUAUGCAAAGAUCUAUCUACACACACAGGUGUCCAGCGUAGGCGAGUCUAUGGGUCAUUACUUUCACUUGAAGUUUUAAAACACUGCUGGAAACUUCACAUGUGAGUUUUCUGUUCUGUGACAAUCGGCUAGAAUUCCAAAGUAGCUGGCAGAAAAAGAUGAAGUCAAUUGCUUGUAAACAGAAAUCCUUGCUUGACAUAACUAGUGACCUAAAUAGCUGUGCUUUGAGGAAUUUGAGAACAUAGAUGGUGAUCUUUCCAUCAGUUUACAAACAAGGGCUGCAUGCAAUCUCUCAUUUUGCAGGUAUUGGGUUCAGUGGCGUGUUUUGAUUUUUCCUGGCUUAAAGUUGUACAAAUAAUAAUAAAUUAUCGGGUAUGUAUAUUACUUAAUAAGAUUGGGAUUCCUAAAUUACAUUGUAGACUAGCCAGACAAAAUAACACCUCUUUUUAAAAAAUUAAAAAAUAAAAUAGUAAAUAAAAACUUGCCUGGGGCACGUAAUUCUUUUUUAUUAUUUUUACAUUUUUUCAUUAUUUUGGCCGUUGCUGUAGUGGAUUGACAUGAGUUUCACUGACAGCAAAUCUUGUACUUUCCUUAGACCACUUAGUCUCUACUACAUACAUGCUUUACUGUUCAUGAUAAAUUACUCUUUUUUUUCUAUUUGAAUAUAUGUGACUUGAACCAUUUCUAUUAAAAUACGUUUGUAUUAAAACUAUGGAAUAUGUGUAUUUUCAUGCAGUAUGUCAUGUUCAUUGUUUUCCUGUCAGUAAAUUUCUUUUUGAAAUCAUCACCCAUGCUGCCAUUUUUAAAACUGUUUCUUUGUUUUUAUGGUCUAGUUAAACCUGUGUAAGCACAGAAGAAAUUUAGCAGUUUGUCAAUAAAUUCAAAGUUACUGUGCCCCUUCCACUUUACCGUGUUCCGCUUUUUGUAUGUUUAUCAAAGCAUUAAAAUCUGUAUGCAUGAACUGUAAGUUUUUUUUUUCUUUUCUUGUAUUUUGGAAUAACAUAAAGGAACUAUUUUUAAAUAUUCUAAAUGUUUUGAGCUGCUAUUUGAGCGAAUAAGCAUGUUAAUUGUGAAAAGUAGCGAGGAAGAUAUUGUAAGUUGAACCAAACAACUUUUUACUUUGUAGUAUAUUUAUUGUAUUAUUUAAGAAAAUAAAUGUAAAUUUACAAGAGUAAUAUUA